AUGGCAAACAGGAGCAGGAGCCACAGCAGGGACAGGAGAGACCGCCACAGGGACACCAGGGCAAGGUCGAGGUCGAGAUCUCCUGCACGUCGUGAGCCCUCACGCCGAGACACGUCCCACGAUCGCCUCAGGCCUGAUGACCGCCAUAAGGAGAGCAGGCGUGACAACAGAGAUAGAGACAGAGACAGGGACAGAGACAGAAACAGAGACGACCGUUCCAAACACCACAACGACAGUGGCUCCAGGCGACGCCGCGAUUCGGAUAAUGAGGAUGAUCGUGGUCGAGACAGGGAUCACAAAAAGAAAUCCAAGAAAGACGACGAACCUGGUAGGAAACCGCGCGAGACCUCGGAGGAGCGGGCAGCCAGGAAGGCAUUGCGCAAGAAGGAGAAGGAGGACCAGAAAAAGUCGCUUGAGAUCGCCAUGACCAACUACUCCAACUCUGACAACCCUUUCAACGACGCCAACCUUGCGCAAAAGUUCACUUGGGCAAAAAAGCGCGAGGUUGAGAAGAAGAAGGGUAUCUCGUCAGCAGAAUCAGCACGGCGGGAUGUUAUCAGAAGGGAGGAGGCCAAGAUCGAGCUGGAAAAUCUGAACAAGAAGAGAGCUGAGCGUGAGCGUGAGCGCGAGGAGAGAGAGGAGGAAAUGCUUCGAAUCCAGCGAGCAUCAGAGCAGGCGCAGCUUGGAGACUGGCAGGCGCAGGAGGAAGAGUUUCAUUUGAAGCAGGCGAAGCGCCGAGCCGAGAUCAGGAUCAAGAGUAACAGGGCCAAGCCGAUCGACAUUCUCGCCAUGAAUAUCAAGUUGAUCUCCGAUAUUCGCGAGGAAGACGAAGAGGAGGAUGAAGAUGACAUUGGACUCGAAAUCGAUGUCGAUGAGCCAUAUGCCAUUUUCGACAAUCUCGACUUUGACGAAGUGCAGGAGCUGUCCCAUGACAUCAAGUUCUACCUGAGUCUGGACAAGGACGAGCGUUGCGCCGAUUUCUGGAGAGCUAUGCUGAUUGUCUGCGAGGACAAGCUGAACGAACUGGACACAUCGAAGAAAGACCACGGUGUUGUCGCACCUAAUAUCGCUCAGGAGAUGUCAGCAAAGAUGGCAGGCAAAUCCCUCGAAGAGCUGACUCUUCUUCAAGGACAGAUCACGCGGAAACUCGGAGGUGGAGGUGUGAUUGAUGUAGAAUACUGGGAGGCUCUGCUGAAAACUUUGGUCGUCUGGAAGGCAAAGGCCAAGUUGAACCAGAUCCAUCAAGUCAUUCUUCAAAAGCGUCUCGAUCAACUCAAGGCUCGUCAGAUGCGCGAAGCUGAAAAGGAAAAGGCCGAGCUGGCUGCCGUUCUGGCCAUGCAGAGUCAGGAUGUGGAGGGCAACGUUUCAGGAUUGCGGGAGGUUGGCGAGGAGCACACAGAGUACAUUGAGGAAGGCGAAGAGAUUGACUUGGAUGGCCUUUUGGGUCCCUCUGUUCCUUAUGACCGUGCCAUGAGCCCCGAGCCCUUUGAUACUCUCUCUCGCGAGGGCCAGGACUUGGAGGUUGUGGAUCAAUGGGAGGACUGGGCAGAGAUUUUGGACAAGCGUCGUCAAGUCCUCAACAAACAGUUCAACCCCAAGAAGCGAAACCAAGAACAGGAUGCAGGCGAACAACACCCUGACGACGACUUUGUUUCGAAGAUUCUGCACGACAAGGAGGCUGCCAAGCAGCUGGCUGGCGAUGAACAGACAUUCAACAUCGAGGCAACUUUACAAAGACAGCAAACUUACAUGUGGCAAGAUAAGUACCGACCCCGCAAGCCCAGAUUCUUCAACCGUGUGCAUACCGGUUACGAAUGGAACAAGUACAACCAAACACAUUACGAUCAUGACAACCCGCCACCUAAGGUCGUCCAGGGCUACAAGUUCAACCUGUUUUACCCGGAUCUUAUCGACAAGUCUCAGGCGCCCACGUACGAGAUUGUCAAGGAGCCUGAUACCGAGGAUACGGUGCUGAUCAAGUUCAGGUCUGGCCCUCCAUACGAAGACAUUGCGUUUAGGAUCGUCAACCGCGAAUGGGAGUUCUCGCACAAGAGAGGAUACAAGUCUGUCUUUGACCGCGGUGUGCUCCAGUUGCACUUUAACUUCAAGCGCCAGUUCUACAGACGUUAG